AUGUUUGUUGAAUUUGAAUUCCCGCGAAGAAGACAUUUUUCGCAAAAUGAAGUCGCACCAGAAGUCACCAAACACGAGGAGGUCUUACCCCGUCACAAAAACAACGUGGUAUUAAUUUCCUGUGAUAUCGCUUUGCGUGUUGGUUCCCCUCCUCUUCCUCCUCCUCCUCCGCCUCCCUUUCAUCCUCCAACUUCUCCACAACCUACUCCUCCACCUCGUCCUCCAACACCACCACCAACUCCUCCUCCUCCUCCUGUCUCGAUUGUUUCAAAACUGAAAACUUCAAGUCAUGACGAAUCUGUCCCGAUAUUCCUGCGAGAAGAAGAAGAAGAAGAAGAAGAAGAAGAAGAAGAGGAAGAAGAGGAAGAAGAAGGAAGACGCUGUAGCCGACGAGAAGAGCUAUCCCUGGAAAAGCUGGGCGUCCCACCCUCCCCGGGAGAUUCCAGCCAAUCUAGAAUAAAAAUAAAAUCCCUAGAAGAGGAAGAAGAAGAAGAAGAAGAAGAAGAAGAAGAAGAAGAGGAGGAGGAGGAAAGAUAUGAUAACAUUGAUGAUAAUUUCGAUGAUAACAACCUUAAUAACUUACAAUGA